AUGUACACCGUCGACUUUCACGGGAACGAAAUCACCGUCACUGUUACGGCCAAAGCUUCCGUCGUCAGAAGGUGGCUCUCCGCCACGCUCUUUUUUCGCCGCCUCUAUCUCUUCAGAAACCGUCUCGUUGUUGGACUCGGCGUCCAAUGGACUCCCGGCGAGAAAGAUCCUCCGGUGGAUACUUUGCAGAUUUGCAUCGGUAGCCGGUGCCUCAUCUUCCAACUUGGUCACGCCUACCGUGUUCCGAUGAUCCUCCGGAACUUCCUCUUAAACCGUAACCACACCUUUGUUGGAUUUUGGAACCAUUCGGAUAGGCGUAAGCUCGAGUCUUCAAAGCAUAGGUUGCAUAUGUGCAAGGAUCCUAUUGAUCUGAGGAGGCACGUAGGCGAGGAGAUAAGACGGGAUUCCGUGGAGGACAUCGUGGAAAAGGUUCUCGGCUAUGAAAUGGAGCGGAGGACGGAGAUAAGCAUGAGCGAUUGGGGUAAAGUGACUCUUAGCCAUGAUCAAGUAAGGUAUGCAAGCCUCGAUGCUCACUGUGCGUUCCUCAUCGGGAAGCUUAUACGAGCUUGGAAUAUAAGGUAA